UCCUACGAAGAUCGUUAAUUUUUUAAGUGGAAAUUAACUGUUUCGCUGUUCUGUUUCGUUUCUGAUUUCUUCGUAUAACGGUCGUUAUACGAUCGAUUGUGAAAUAGUUCAUCGUUGAUUGUCAAAAACUUGACAUAAAGAGAAAACUCCGAACUUUUCGUAUAGUUACCAUGGGCGAUCAAGGCAUGAUCUUAAAUCGUGGAGCACCCCUAGGGAAACUAGAAAUACGAGUGGUCAGUACGACCGAAAGUUGCCGGCAAAUCGUCAACAAGCUGUACCAAGAUUGCCAAGAUUGCAAUGUACUGGGAUUCGACUGCGAAUGGGUGACACAUCAGGGCCAACCGCAACCGGUAUCUAUUUUGCAGCUAGCCUCCCCACACGGGUUCUGUGCCGUUAUUCGUUUAAGCAAAAUCAAUAACUUACCCCUGGAGUUACGGAAACUGCUGAUGGACAGAAGUAUCUUUAAAGUUGGGGUAGCGACUUCUACCGACGCUGCGAAACUUAACCGUGACUACGGUCUCGAGGUUAAGGGUUGUUGUGAUUUGCGUCUUCUGGCCGAACGGAUCGGCCUCACACAACGAAGUCUCGCCGGAUUAGCGGAAGAAACUCUGAACAUAACAAUGGACAAGGACUGGCGUCUCAGAUCUUCCGAUUGGUACGCAGCGAGUCUUUCACAAGAGCAAAUAAUGUACGCGGCCGAUGACGCGUACGUUGGUGUCCUGCUGUUUAAAGAAAUGGCUCGUCGCCUCGGCCAGCAUGAUGCAAAGGAGAUGACCGAUUGGUUGGAUAAACCUUACGCGUCUAACUAACUCCUAACGCCCCGAAGCUGUCAUCAACCGGAAGAGAAUCAAUAAGGGUUAUCCAUUUCAUAGUUUCCAAAUCACAGGGCUGGCGUUUUACAGUUUUUGGAAUAUAUCUAUCAACUUAAGUAUCAAACUUUUAAUUGAAUGUUGUGCCUCUUUAGAAACGCCUAACAGCGGAACAACGUGUCAAAAUUAUUAAAGCUUACUACAAAAACAGGGAUUCAAACGUAAAUACAUCUCGAGCUAUUUAAAAGGGACUUUAGUCGUCAUACUGAACAGUGAUAAGAUUGGGUGAAAAUUGGGAUAUUCAGAGGCCAGUAUAUCAUCGUAAUGUACGCGCGGCGGAAAAUAUCGCCGCUGUAAGUGUGGCCAAGGACCCAGUUCUGCGUGAGAACUUUGCUAGCGUUUUGGUGAUGUCAAUUGGCCACCAAAAACCAUGCAAUUUAACACCGUGUAAUUGCGAACCCUGAACCCGAAUGGUUUAUUCCGAAUGAAAUACAAUCCAGCACAUUUCCAAAAGAAGAGUUCUAAAU